AUGUGUACUGAAACAUCCGUUGGUGGAAUGGGAAAUCCGAUUGCAGGUCCAACACCUGGAUCUAUCCACCCAUAUAAGAAGUAUCUUUUGCAGUCACAGAACUUCACACUUGAAGGCAGUGGAUAUCCAAUUACCGAUGUUCGGUCUCCGUCACCUGCGCGGGAAUACGCUUCAUCUCCUGGACUAUCUAACGAACAGUUGUCUGAAUAUGGUUCCGCUUUGUCGUUGAAUAACCCUUCCAAACCAAUGGAAGACCCACAUAGCAAAUGGGUACAAAGUAUCGGGGCACCGCCCAGUGGUUUUCAACAGGAGCCGGGGCAAGUCUCUUCUAGUCCAACAGCUCGUAUUGUUAACGAGGAUUUCCAGCGAGUAUCAUCAUUACCUUCAGUUUCUUCUAUUCAACGUCCAGCCUCUAAUACUUCAGGCUCCUCUAAUGCAAACAACCGAAAAUCGCGUUCAAUUGAUUUAUCCCAUAUGUAUUUACUGAAUAGCAGUAUGGAUACUCAAUUGACUGCAACAAAUGAAUCUGUAGCAGAUUUAUCGCAUCAACUGAUCAGCAGAUAUUUAGGUGAAGGCAAUACCUCCACUCUGCUUCCAAGAUUGAAAACAAUUGAAAUGUAUAGAGAAAACGUUAAAAAAUCGAAGGACGUGAAACUUCUGUUCCAAUAUGCUCAAUAUAUAUUACAAACAGCUUUGACAAUCGAUCCAUCGGAGAAAAGUACUGAAGAUACUGCUAAGGAACUGGAUCAAGGGGAAGUAAGAAGAAAAUUCUUGAAAGAGGCUCAACAUUAUUUGAAGAAAUUGAGUGUCAAAGGAUAUGCAGAUGCACAAUAUCUUCUAGGUGACGUUUAUGCUAGUGGAGCAAUGGGUAAAAUAGAAAAUAAAGAAUCGUUCACAUUAUUUCAAGCGGCAGCAAAACAUGGACAUGUAGAAAGUGCUUAUAGAACAGCCUAUUGCUAUGAAGAAGGUCUGGGUACAACAAGAGACUCGCGGAAAGCUUUAGAUUUUUUAAAAUUUGCAGCAAGUAGGAAUCAUCCCUCUGCAAUGUUCAAGUUGGGUCUUUAUUGCUUCUCUGGGCGCAUGGGAUUACCGAGCGACUUGAACACAAAACAAAAUGGUAUAAAAUGGCUAUCUCGUGCUUCUGCAAGAGCAAACGAUUUGACUUGUGCGGCGCCAUACGAAUUGGCCAAGAUAUAUGAGCAAGGAUUUCUGGAUAUUGUUAUACCCGAUCAAAAAUACGCAAUGGAACUCUACAUCCAAUCUGCUUCAUUGGGUUACAGACAAGCUGCGACAUUGUUAGGACAAAUAUAUGAAGUUGGUAAUGAGGCUGUAAAGCAGGAUACAAGUUUAUCAGUUCACUAUUAUACACAGGCAGCAUUGGACGGUGAUCCAGUUGCAAUGUUAGGCUUAUGCGCAUGGUACUUGCUUGGUGCAGAGCCAGCGUUUGCAAAAGAUGAAAGUGAAGCAUUUCAAUGGGCAUUGAGAGCCGCCCAGCGAGGUUUUCCUAAGGGCCAAUUCACGCUCGGCUAUUUCUAUGAGCAUGGAAAAGGCUGCGAACCUAAUGCAGAGAAUGCAUGGAAAUGGUAUCAAAAGGCAGCUCAUAAUGAAGACCCCAGAGCUAUCAUUAAAAUGAAGCAACGUCCUUCCAAUCACGUUGUUCAGGAUAGCAAGAGAAGAUCAAAGAGUAUAUCAACCAUUAACCUAUUCAAAUCCAAAUCAAUUGAGAAUCUUUUAAAUUCAGACCCAUCAAAAGUUGCUCCUACUGGCAUAUUCACGGAUGAACAAAACCGUUUGAAACCCAUUCAGAAGAAUGACCCAGUGAGACUACCGCGGUCCACUUCACCAAGCAUGACACUCAAUCUGGACGCUUCAGAAAAGAAAGAAGUAUCCAGUUCACAUCCGGUUACUGAAAGUAAGGCACGGCCAGAUAAUGCUAAAAAAGCUAAGUCUUCCACAAAAAAGGACAUGCCAGGGAAUAAGAAAACCUGCAUUUUAAUGUAA